AUGGAACAUGUCGCUGACAAAGCUUCGACUUCUUCCAAUCAUGAGAAGGAAGAAAGUAGUUACGAGCCUAAGAACGUAUUUCACGCCAUGAGCCAUGCCUUUCGAGAUCCUGAUAAUGACAGCGAUUCAUCAUGCGAUGAUUUGCGAGAGAAGAUUGUGGCAGGAGUCCGAAACCAAGAAGUCCAAGUGGAUGAGCAUCUGUUCUUCGGACCUUAUCAAAAUAGUGGUCAUCUUCUGGCUUUACAUCCCGAACCUAUCCAGAUAUUCAGGCUCUGGCAAGUCUACAUCGAUAACGUGAACCCGCUACUCAAAGUCUCGCACGUGAACAGUUUGCAGACACGCAUUAUUGAGGCAGCCUCGAAUCUCAUUAAUAUCGACCCUGAUUUGGAGGCGCUGAUCUUUAGUAUCUACUGUAUGUCCAUCUUGAGUCUAUCCACCCAAGACUGUCAGACCAUGUUCGGAUCAUCGAAAAAGUAUCUGCUUUCGAGGUAUCAAUUGGGAUGCAGACAGGCGCUAUGGAAUUGUGACUUUCUGCAGACUAACAAUCUUGAUUGCUUGAUUGCGCUCUUUCUGUAUUUGAUAUCCAUCAGGCCUGACACAACUCGUCAGAGUCUUGCAUCGAUGUUGGCCAUUGCCAUACGCCUAGCACAGCGUAUGGGGAUUCAAAGUGAGAAAGCUCUAGCCAAUUUCAGCCCCUUUGACGCGGAGAUGCGCAGGAGAUUGUGGUGGUCAUUGGUGUUAUUCGACACACGUAUGUCUGAACUUGCUGGAUCUGGCCUUGCCACGCUAGAUCCGACCUGGGAUUGCAGAAUUCCUCUCAACGUGAAUGACGUCGACCUCCGUUUAGACAUGAAGGUCCUGCCAGCGGCACGAACAAACCCUACCGACGCAGUCUUUGCAGUCAUCCGAAGUGAACUCGGUGAAUAUCUUCGACAUGCUGCAUUCCAUCUCCACAUUGACAGCUCUGCCUUCAAGGCCCUUGUGAAGCAGUUCGACAACGCUCUCACGCUCGAUAAUGAUCGUAUCGUUCAAUUGCGUACAAAUAUCGAGGACCGUUAUCUCAAGUUCUGUGAUCAUGGCAAUCCUGUACAUUUUAUGGCAAGUUGGACGGCGAAAGUGCAGCUCGCGAAAUAUCAUCUUAUGGAACAAAAUUUCAGAUUGUCUAGCUCGACCGAACAGAGGGUGGACAUGCAACUUGAUACUGCCACAGGAUUUGCGCUCGAGAUGCUCGAGUGCGACACUGUCAUAAUGACCGCACCUCUGACGAAGGGGUUUAUCUGGUUACACCAAAUCAACUUCCCCUUCCCAGCGUACUAUCAAGUCACUCAAGACCUGCGGAGGAGGCCAACCAUGGAAAAGGCUCAACAUGCAUGGAACGUAAUGAGCGACAAUUGGGAAGCUUGGUUCCAUGUUCAUUUCAGCAGAACCAGUGCCAUUUUCCAGCUCUUGACUAAGCUUAUCCUUCAGGCAUGGGAAGCUUGCGAGCCGGUUUCGACAUUGGCUGGGCAAAAGCUCACCACACCAAAAAUUGUAUCUUCCAUCCAAGAUGCUCUAGCGAGGAUUGCAAGCGACCUUCAGAACCUCGAGAUGGAAGAGGCAAGCAUUAGCACAAACCUGGAAAUUAAUGAAUUUCCACUGUCGCACAUGCCUCCUGCUCUGGUGGACUCUAACAUGAGUUUUGGCCUGGGAUCGCAAAGUGGACACGCGUGGACACCACCAGGAAUGAGCUUUGUUUCCAAUCCAUUGGGGCAGAUUCCUCUUGGUGGCCAGAUGACUCACACAGAUUGGACUGCAUAUGGAGGACAGCCUGGAUGGUGA